AUGAACCUCUUUGGGGGAAGGGCACAGAAGCAAGGUAACUAUUGCACAAGUGACAGUAAUUCCCACUCCUUGCCAGAUUGGGAGCAGUGUGUGAGGUGCCCAGAUCAUCAGUAUGCCAACACAGAGAAAAACCUCUGCCUGCUGAAAUCUGAGAGCUUCCUGGACUCUAGGGACCCUCUGGGGAUGACUCUAGUCUGCUUGGCUCUCUGCCUCUCUGCACUUACCACUGCUGUUACUGGGAUUUUUGCAAAGCACAACAACAUUCCCAUUGUCAAGGCCAACAACAGGGCUCUCAGCUACAUCUUGCUCAUCUCCCUCAACUGCUGUUUUCUUUGCUCCUUGCUCUUCAUUGGACAUCCCAACACAGCCACGUGUGUCCUCCAGCAGACCACAUUUGGAGUUGUGUUCACUGUGGCUGUUUCCACUGUCUUGGCCAAAACCGUAACUGUGGUUCUGGCCUUCUCUGUCACUUCUUCAGGGAGAAGGAUGCGGUGGUUGCUGGUGUCAGGAAUGCCUAACUUCAUCAUUCCCAUCUUCAAGCUGAUCCAGCUCAUUCUGUCUGGAAUCUGGUUGGGCACUUCUCCUCCAUUUGUUGACACCGAUGCACACUCAGAACAUGGCCACAUCAUCAUCCUGUGCAACAAAGGCUCAGCCACUGCCUUCUAUUGUGUCCUGGGCUCCCUGGGCUCCCUGGCCCUGGCAAGCUUCACUGUGGCUUUCUUGGCUAGAAACCUGCCUGACACCUUCAAUGAGGCCAAGUUCCUGACCUUCAGUAUGUUGGUGUUCUGUAGUGUAUGGGUCACCUUCUUGCCUGUCUACCACAGCACCAAGGGGAAAACCAUGGUGGCCGUGGAGGUCUUCUCCGUCUUAGCUUCCAGUGCUGGCCUGUUAGGCUGCAUCUUUGUCCCUAAGUGCUACAUCAUCUUGUUGAGCUAUAACUUCAACAACUACCAGUUUAUUCUAGCUUUGGCUUUUGCUGUUGAAGAGAUCAACAAAAAUCCUCAUCUUUUGCCUAACAUCACUAUGGGAUUUUCUGCCCAUUCACAUGGAAUAAGAUACUAUGUGCUGUAUAGAAGUCUUGUCUUAAGCCUCUCUGGGAAAGAUUUUAUCCUGAAUUAUGACUGUAAGAGAGAAAGUCAGACUGUAGUAACACUGACUGGACCAGCAGGCCAAAUCUCUUCCCAGUAUGCAACAGUGUUGGACCUCUACAGAUUUCCACAGCUGAACUUUGGGAGGUUUGAUCCUGUCCUGAGUGACCAUCGCCUGUUUCCUUCUGUCUAUCAGAUAGCCCCCAAGGAUACAUCUCUAGCUUUUGCCAUGGUUUCCUUGAUGGUUCAUUUCAGCUGGAAGUGGGUGGGUCUGUUGAUCUCAGAAGAUGAGAAUGGUUUGUGGAUGCUGCCCCAAUUGAGACAAGAGAUGAACAAGCAAAAAAUCUGUACAGCUUUUGAAUACAUACUACCACUUUCUUUCUUUCGUGAAGUAACCGAUUAUGUAUCCUUUCAUCAGAAAAUUAGAAAUUCAUUCACAAAUGUGGUUGUCAUUUACGGAGACAAUGAAUUCAUGUUCAAUUUGUUAUACACUUAUUUCACAACAUAUUUAAGUCUAGGAAACGUCUGGGUCAUAAACUCCCUUAGUACAUUUCUGUCUGUGAUGAAACAUUUUUUGUUACAUUCACUCCAUGCACCUCUCAUUUUCUCACACCACCAUGGAGAGAUUUCUGGUUUCAACAAUUUUAUCAAAACUGCUAACCCAUCCAAAUACCCAAAAGACUAUUUCCUUGCUUUGGUGUGGAUUCGCUCUUUUAAUUGCACAUUUUCUGAGUCUAGCUGUGUCACUUGGAAGAACUGUCCAGCCAAUGCGUCCUUGGAAUGGUUGCCUAGGUACCUUUUUGACAUGGGCAUGAUGGAAGAGAGUUACUAUAUAUAUAAUGCUGUGUAUGCUGUGGCUCAGGCCCUUCAUGAGAUGCUUAUUGGUCAAGCAGAAGCACAGCCAGUGGGAAAUGGAAGAAAACUUCAGUUUUCCCCUUUCCAGCUCCACCCCUUUCUGAAGAACAUCCAUUUCAACAAUCCUGCUGGUGACCAAGUGAUUUUGGAUGAGACAAAGAAAUUGGUGGCAGAGUAUGACAUUGUGAACCUUUGCAAUUUUCCAGAAGGUCUUAGGCAAGUGAUGAAAGUGGGAAACUUUUCUCCAUAUGCACCACAUGGGCAUCAACUAUCUCUAUCCAAUGAUAACAUAGAAUGGCCCAUCUCAUUUACGGAGACUCCUCAGUCUGUCUGCAGUGAGAGUUGUGGUCCUGGAUUCAGAAAAUCCCCUCAGGAGAGAAAGUCUGUCUGUUGCUUUGAUUGUAUCCCUUGCCCUGAGAAUGAGAUUUCUAAUGAUACAGAUUUGGAGCAGUGUGUGAGGUGCCCAGAUCAUCAGUAUGCCAACACAGAGAAAAAUCUCUGCCUGCUGAAAUCUGAGAGCUUCCUGGACUCUGGGGACCCUCUGGGGAUGACUCUAGUCUGCUUAGCUCUCUGCCUUUCUGCACUUACCACUGCUGUUAUUGGGAUUUUUACCAAGCACAACAACACUCCCAUUGUCAAGGCCAACAACAGGGCUCUCAGCUACAUCUUGCUCAUCUCUCUCAACUGCUGCUUUCUUUGCUCCUUGCUCUUCAUUGGACAUCCCAACACAGCCACGUGUGUCCUCCAGCAGACCACAUUUGGAGUUGUGUUCACUGUGGCUGUUUCCACUGUCUUGGCCAAAACUGUUACUGUGGUUCUGGCCUUCUCUGUCACUUCUUCAGGGAGAAGGAUGCGGUGGUUGCUGGUGUCAGGAAUGCCUAACUUCAUCAUUCCCAUCUGUACGCUGAUCCAGCUCAUUCUGUCUGGAAUCUGGUUGGGCAUUUCUCCUCCAUUUGUUGACACUGAUGCACACUCAGAACAUGGCCACAUCAUCAUCCUGUGCAACAAAGGCUCAGCCACUGCCUUCUAUUGUGUCCUGGGAUACCUGGGCUCCCUGGCCCUAGCAAGCUUCACUGUGGCUUUCUUGGCUAGAAACCUGCCUGACACCUUCAAUGAGGCCAAGUUUCUGACCUUCAGUAUGAUGGUGUUCUGUAGUGUGUGGGUCACCUUCCUGCCUGUCUACCACAGCACCAAGGGGAAAACCAUGGUGGCCGUGGAGGUCUUCUCUAUCUUGACUUCCAGUGCUGGCCUGUUAGGUUGCAUCUUUCUCCCUAAGUGCUACGUCAUCUUGGUGAGACCAGAUAGAAAUUCUCUGCAGGGUAUACGGGCCAAAACUCGUUCUAAGAGAAAAAAUCCAUCCUAA